UGUCUGAUAAACAAGCAGUCCGUUUAGUAGCACCGGCAAACGUUUUUCUUCGUCGGCGACCGCGACCGUCAGUCCGACAGAGGCGUGCCCAGCUCGUCAGCAGUCGACCUGUCACCAUCUCGGGGCAACUGACCUGACACCCCUAGAAUGGCCUUACAGCUAGCACCCUUGCAGUAACUACGGCGGUAUUGCUGAGCCCUGCGGACGCCACUGGUACCGUCCCUGCGUCAUCGAUCGCCUAACACUCCCCGCUGUUGCUGCCUGACGCCGCCUCUGCCGCCGAGUGACGCUCCUCUCAUGGUAUCGGCAGUCGCCUCGCGCACUCGGCCGCGCUGGGAUGUCGGUGCCCAGCGCUCCGCCGCCGCUGUUGCUCGCCGCCGCCGCCGUGCUGGCGGUGUCGGGCCUGCUGGCCUGGCGGUACAGCAGGCGCCGCCACUGGGUGCCCGUCGGCACACUGUCGGCCAUCAGUCUGUACCCGCUCAAGUCCGGGGCGGGCCUCCGGUGCCAGCACGCCCAGGUGACCGCUUUCGGGCUGCGCUCCGGCCCAAAGCUCGACCGCUGUCUGGCGGUGGUCUGCAACGACACCAUCCUCUGCGCCAUGUCCCGCCGCACGAUCGUCCUGAUCAAAGCCGACCUGGACGACGAUUCCGUCACGCUGUCGGCGCCGGCGAUGACGCCGCUGCGCGUGCCGCUACCGACGGAGGGCAAUUCUGUGGUUCAUGGCGAGCAGUUCGGCACGCAUAACGCCGGUCUGGACCUCGGCGAGCAGGCGAGCAAGUGGCUCAGUGACUACUUCGCCGACGGCAAGGCUUACACGCUGAUGUAUUUCCGGCACGGUUCGGUGCCGGCGCGCCGCACUGUCGACAUACCGAGGCCGUACGCGCGCUUCGCGCUGCCGUCCGACGUAGCCGCCUUCCAGAACGUGACGGCACUCUCCGUGGUGUGUGAAGCGUCCGUAGACGAACUCAACUCGCGCAUGGAGACGCCAGUGACGCUGGACAACUUUCGGAUGAACCUGACUGUCGCCGGCGCCGCUCCCUUUGCCGAUGACGACUGGGCAUUUGUGCGCAUCGGGACUGCCGUGAUGCGACACAUCAAGGCGGUCCAGCGGUGUCCAAACACCUGCGUGGACCCGCGCACUGGACAGCGCAGCCAACUCAUGGAGCCGCUGCGCACGCUCCGCACGUUCCGCUUGGCCAAGACGAAGGAGGAGAAGGCGAUGUACAAGGAUUCGCCGCUGCUGGGCAACGCUCUGGGAGUGGAUGUCGAGGGCGAUAUUAAUGUAGGGGAUACUGUCUACGCGCUGAUGAAAUGAGAGCUGUGGGAGGGAACGCAGACUUGAUGAGAAUUGUGAUCGAGUGAUGAACGAAGUGUCCCUGUUAAAUUGUUUAUAACAAUGCGAUAAAUCAGGACUGAACUUUCCUGUUAGAUUGUUUAUAACAUUAGCAAAUCAUACGCGUGCUGCAGCGAUGUUAUUUGUACUUAAUAUUAGCCACAAUUGAAAUGUGGCAAAUGACCAAUUAUUGGUGGUCUGUAAGCGGUGCAAUACAUGAAUGAAAUAAGCACUUCCAUUGCUU